AUGUCGCGAAAACGAUCCAUCAGCUCAGCUUCAGCUUCGCCCCCGCCAGCGGCAAAGCGCAUAUCUCCAAGCGUAGUAGAAACAACUUAUUAUUAUGUCCUGUGCCAAGUGUUCCACUACGAUACCGUUAGGCCCAGAACGCACAUAUCGCGAUGCUACACUACUGCGGAUGACGCUAUUGAUUUCGUGAGGGAGAUGGUGCGCGGCUGGGACGAGAACGUCAUGAGGGUCUGGGAGGAAUUCGAUGAUGACGGCGAGGAGGGCGAGUUGUUGGUGCGGGUAACCACAAAUGAUGUACUCGAGGAGGAGGAGAUAACGAUCACGGUACAGCGACAAAAGAAGGAUUAUUGGAACAAUGCUAUGGACAUUGACGACGGUGACGGUGAUGGAGUCGCUACGACUACAAUACACGACGCAUAUGCAGAGCGCAAAGAUGCAAAUCAGGCGGCUAGAAGAGUGCUGAGGGAAGUGUGUGGGGAUCUGGAUAGUAUAGGAAGGAUCGCAUGUAGACAUGAAGAAAGUAUGGACGAGAAUGGACUUUAUGGUGGGUGUGCUUAUGUGAAGGAAGAGAGGAGGUGCAAGGUAGAGGUGCAGGUCGAGAGGAUGGAGGUGAGAUGA